CUGUAAUCUGUAGCAACAAAAUAGAACUCUAAUCGCAACUCCCAAGGCUAUAACAGUUAUGAUUAGCCUAUGACUCCUGAUUAGGCCAAGUAUUCCCUCAAUCAUCACCAGAUUCUGCAGUCUAGAAGUAGAAUCGAUUUCCCUACCACAUACUCCGUAGAUAUCUACUGACUAGUACUGUAAAGGACCCCUCGGACCCUGUUCGCGCUACUUACAAGCUCAAGACUCCGAAGCCGCCAUCAUCCAUCGUCCAAGCUCGUAACAUCUCAAACCCACAUUCACAUUCAUCGCAAUUCCGACCAGGUCAUAUUACUACAAUUACCAUCAUCGCGAUACUAUCAACCUCAUCAUAUCAGGUAUGAUCUACCUAUAAUAUUAUACAUAACAUCUAUGAUAUAAUCUGUUUCAACUCCCCGCUUUGCCAACAUCACACCAGCCCGGACGACUUGAACAUGGCCGGGCGACGAUUUUCCGAAAGCAGAUCACUUCUCAGUAGCCAUGGCAUCGAUGACUUUCGCAAGUCCAUCGACGCCAUGGAUCAAAGGCGGUACGGCACGGGCGAAGAAGGCGAAAACACACCUCUGCUCAAAAGUUCUGAGCUAGAGACGACAUGGAAGGCUGAGACAGCCUUGUUGGCCAGAUACUCUGGUCCUUUAAUCCUCACCUAUCUGCUCCAGUAUUCUUUCAGCCUGGUCACCGUAUUUGUGGCGGGUCGUCUAGGUACCAAAGAAUUGGGAGCGGCGUCGCUGGCGACCAUGACGGCCAACAUCACCGGCCUGUGCAUCUACGAAGGUCUGGCCACCAGUCUUGACACCUUGACGUCGCAGGCCUUUGGAAAUGGAAAGAAACAUCUGGUUGGACUACAUGUCCAGCGAAUGUCGUUGUUAGUUCUCGUCGUUACCGUCCCCAUUGGCGCUGUAUGGAUCUGCUCCCCUCGCAUCUUGUCGGCCCUGGUGCCUGAAAAGGACGAAGCUGUUCUAGCAGGUCAGUUUAUGAGGAUCUACCUCGCAGGAGCCCCCGGUUGGGCCAUCUUCGAAGCCGCCAAACGAUUCUGUCAGGCUCAGGGCGACUUUACUGCUUCCCUUGUCGUCCUCUCCAUCUGUGCACCUUUGAAUGUUCUGUGGAACUGGCUGCUGGUGUUUCAUCUGGGUCUGGGGUUUCAAGGUGCUGCUCUCGCCGUCGUCAUCUCCAACAAUCUUCAACCCGUCGUUUUGGCCCUCUACGUCGCAUACAUUGCCCCUUCGAAUCUGCAAUGCUGGCCUGGUUUAGAUCUCCGCCGCGCAUCCGAACACUGGGGGCCCAUGGUCAGAUUAGCCGUUCCGGGCGUCUUGAUGACAUUUUCCGAGUGGCUAGCCUUUGACAUCCUCACCAUCGCCGCUGGUCACCUGGGCCAACUCGACUUAGCCGCCCAGUCAGUUAUAAUGACCAUCGUGGUCGCCAUGUAUCACAUUCCCUUCCCCAUCUCAAUCGCCGCAUCCACUCGCUUCGGCAAUUUAAUCGGCUAUGGCGCCCUAGACGCCGCCAACAUCGCUUGGAAAACACACUAUGUGAUUUUCAUGUGCAUUGGCAUCUUCGAUAUGACUCUACUCACCUCGUGUCGACACGUCAUUGCCGCACUCUUCACCAACGACGACCAGGUCCGCGCUGUUAUAACUUUGGUCUUACCCAUAGCGGCUGGAGCACAAUUUUUCGACGCCAUGUUGGCAAUCUCCAACGCGUUACUGCGUGGUCUGGGUCGACAAAAGAUCGGUGGAUGGGUCAAUUUGGCUGUUUAUUACCUAUUUGCCUUGCCAUUGUCAUUCUUUUUGACAUUUGGCCCGCCACAGAUGGAUCUUCGAGGCUUGUGGAUCGGUCCUUGUUCCGGAUUGGGCCUGGCCACUGUCAUCAUGUCGACUUAUAUGCGUCUAAGUGAUUGGGAAAAGGCUGUUCAAGAUGCAAGAGAUCGGGAGGAAUAAAGAAAAGAGAAGGAGACUGGGAGAACAAAAAAGACGAGUGCUUUGAGCAUUGCGAGUCACGAUUUGAGCAUGCAAUGCAUCCUUGGUGGCAUAUGAUGGCAUAUCGUACAGCAGCCUGUCGUGUCACCCAUGUGCCAUCAUGGACCGGUGUUUGAUGCCAGGAUUUCAGACAUAUAUUGCAGGUGUACAGCGAUGAGAUGGUCUGGAUGAUAUAUGGUUGAUUGAUUGCUUGCGUGAUUUAUCUUCCUCAAAGGAUCAAAAUCUCAUUUCUGUGGUAGAACUUACAGCCAGAAUAUAGCGCACCUCUCCACAUUCCCUUCCAGGAUCGUCUUGUAGAAUGUAACCUGACCCUGGCAACAUUCUGCCCGAAGGAAUGGAUGGUGGAGGAAUU